AUGUCGAUAGCAGACGGAAGUUACGCUCGAGGCGACCUCCUAGAAGGCUGCAAAGAGCUUAUCCCAGGUCUCCAAAACGCCUACGGAUACGUCCCCAGCAUCGCAGCGGGCAUCGUCUUUGAUCUUAUCUUUGCCGGCACUGGCAUCUACCACAUUGUCCGUUCGUUCCAGAAGCGCAAAGCCACGUCUUACCUGCUGGCAAUUGCGUCGUACGUCGAGCUUGUCGGAUGGAUUGGUCGUACAUGGUCCAAUAAGUGUCCCUACAACAAAAUCGCCUUUCUUCUGCAAAUUACCACACUCGUCGUCGGCCCAAUCUUUGUCGCUGCUGCCAUCUACGUCACACUUGGAUACCUCAUCAAAUCCAUCGGCCCUCAGUACUCGGUCAUCCGUCCUAAGCUCUAUCUCUGGGUCUUCCUCGUUGUCGAUGUUGUCGCUCUCCUCAUCCAAGCUGGCGGUGGUGGUCUAGCUGCGGGCGCUGCCAACAAGGGCAAGGACACCAAGCCGGGUACCAGAUUGAUGGUCGCCGGUAUCAUCUUUCAACUCGUCUUCAUGACCAUCUUCUGCACUCUCUUCGCCAUCUUCAUCAAGCGAACUCGCGGGCUUACCCUUGCAAAGGGUCAACGUUUCUGUAUCUACGCCACCGUCGUUUCCGUCGUCUUCGUUUACAUCCGAUGUAUCUACCGAACGGUCGAGCUUCUUGAGGGUUGGGAUGGACACUUGCUCAAGACUGAAGGAUACUUUAUUGGUCUCGAUGGUGUUUGCAUUGCCGUCGCUAUUCUUGUCUUUUGCGUUUUUGACCCGGCCGUUCUCCUCGAAUUCAAGGACCCCAUGGCUGGUGAGCAGUCCUUCAACGAGCUCAACACUGUAUCUACCAAAUAG